AUGGCGUCCUUUCACGCAGACUUCAUGUCGGCGCCCGACCCUGCGAAAGUCAUGGAGCUCCUUGGAUCCAUGUCCGAAAAAGACCGCGAGGCCAUCAUGAAGCAGGCCACAGAGCGGAUGGGAGAUCUCUUCGGCGGAGGCGGCGGAGGUGCUCCCAAGAACGCCUUAGAACGUUUCCAGGCAAAGCGGCGGGCGAACGCAGAGAAAAUGGCGCAGAGGCCGGGCGACUAUGCCGCAAACAUGACGUUCUCCCAGAGUUGGGACACGAAGCCGCAAGGAGAAGUUUUGGGGAGCUUGUCCAUGAUGAGAGUCUCGGAGCUCUGUGUGGGCACCACACACAGAGGUUGCCGCCUUGUUGGGACAGUGGCGGAAGAUCCCGACUUUAUCGCCUCGGCGGCCUUUGUGCUGGAGGACAUCUUUGGUGACUAUGUGGAAGUGGCCGUCUACAACGUGCCGGCGGAGGCGGCGAUGCAACUGUACUGCAAGGGUCGUGUCCUCUCCAUCGCAGAGCCGUACUACAAGAUCCGAGCCGAUGGCACUGACGGAAUCCGCGUGGAAAACCCGGCCGAGCUGCAGGAGACCCAUCUCCCCAGGAGUGCUGUCAGCUGGCGUGAGAUCGGCAACCAGUUUUUCAAGAGCAAGAAAGUCGACUCCGCAACGGAGUGCUAUGCAAGGGGCCUGCGGGCACACCCGGAGGUGCCUGUGGCGAUGCUUCUCAGCAACCGAGCCCUCUGUGCCGCCAAGGCGCUUCGCUGGCUCUUGGCUCUACGCUGUGCCAGCGUGGCGACCCUGCUCGAUCCCAAGAAUGCAAAGGCCAACAGUGCUGGCACGGGCAGUUGCCAAGAUGCCGACCCGGAGGAGUGGGGCUGGAUGCCCGGCGUGGUGCAGCAAAACGAAGGCCUCCGGCAAGGUGGAAUUGAGGGCCAGAUGCAAUCGCCGCUCGCGGAGCGCUUGAAGGCGGCAGACGUCUUGAAAAAUCGGGGCGGUGAAGCCUUCAAAGCUGGAAAGCCUGACGUUGCGGAGGAGGCCUUGAGCCUCUUGGCCCCCGAGCUCCAAGAGGCGGUCGCCACUCUGGAGGGCGUCGACCUUCCGGAGGUUCGCGCCGAGGCGGUGGCCCUGCGCAAGAGGCUGGCUGCUUCGGCGGCGGCGCGCCCGGUCGCCGCAAAGAGCACCGACGAGCAGCUGAGGGAGAGAGAGGAGGCUUCGCACGACGGCUUCAAGCUGCUCUCCAACUCCGGGGACCAGAAAGUCAUGAUGCAGCAGAUGAUGAAGAUGCUGCCCAUUAAGGAGCUUGCGAAGAUGUUUGGCCCACUUGCUGCCAGGGAGGUGCCUUCCUUCCACCUUGACUUUCCCAAGCAAUUCGGUUGGCCAGUGGCUGUGGAUGUAGCACGCGCAUCCAAGCUGCUAGAAGUCACGUAUUCCAUCGCAACUACCUCGCCCUGGAUGAUGAACCAUGCCAUCAAGACGGGUGACUUUGAGUUCGAGUUCGAGGAUUGGCAGAAGAGGUUCCACCUCGGCGGCCUCGGUCUGAAGCGAAUGAAGCUUGUCUUCGAGGAGGGGCGGCAGUUCAGACCCCGUGAUGUCAUCGACAUGGAAUUCUGCAGCCAGGACUUUAAGAUGCAGUACGACACACGGAUCCGCAACAGCUUUGCCAACAGCCUGAACCGCAAGGAGGUGAUGCAACAGGGGACUGUGCAUGUCGCUGUGGGCUUCAACGACCUUGGUGCCCUUCUUACAGGUGAUUUCCGCCCGAGCACGCAGCAUGACCAUGGCCCCUUGCGCUUCAUCGGCUACGAGAUGAACGCCUUCAAUGUCGCCAAGACUCGGAUCAUCGAAAGGCUCCUGAAGGACCCCCAGGUUCCGUUGACAGUCCCUCUCCAAAUCUGGUUCUCCUCCGCAUGGACGUCCCUUGCAGAGGAGGCCUUCCGGCGCGCGGCAGCGGCCGGUAUGGCCUGCGCCACGCCAGCCGACACUGAGGUGAAGGCGUACUUCAGCCACUGGAUUUCGGCAGCACCGGUACCGCUUAGUGAGGCGCGCGCCCUGUGGCUGGACUACCACGAGGAUGGCCGUGACUGGUCCGCCAUCGCAAGCAUGGCACGACACAAGGACUUGCUGACCGAGGUCGGCACCGAGACGGGAUCCAACAUCCAGGUGGCCAUGGAGGCCUUGCUGCUUCGGCGUCUACAGCGUCUUCGUGGGCUCCUACAACGGGGCGAGGUGAUGAUUGAGCUUCAUUUGGGAAUGCUGAGCCUUGACAACGAGGCGCUGCUCUCCCAAAUUGCGGAGCUUCGGCCCUGGACCAUGUCAUGGUCUAACGUGCUAGACCACAUGCACUUGCGCGAGUUCCAUGGCAUGGAUCGGGCCUGCUCCAUCAACGGCGACACCAUCCACUACGGCUACUCCAUGAACUGGAUCACCGGAGUUUGGGGGACCUGCAUCAUGGACUUUCCUCAACAAAUGAGAGGCGAGCUCAUAGACCUCGCUGACAAAAGCCUCAUAGAGGUAGGACACCUAUCCUUCGAAGGCUUGCCCCGCUCCGACAUGCUCCUGGUGGCACCCCCCCAUGACACCCCACUGAACUACACCGGUUUCGUCCUUUCUCUUUCGCACGGUUCCAAGUGGGCAGACUACUUCUGCUCCGCCGCACUUGGCACGCCGGUGCCACAGCUAGGCCAGGCUUCCCCCUUGAGCCUCUUCUGCCCUUUACAUCAGGUUAGCACCUCAAUUAGCCUAACCUAG